UAUAGAAUUCGUUGUGAAAGUCACAGUUCACUGUGCAACAACGCAUCAGAGUUUCAAAAAGUUUGAAAAUUUAAAGUCAUGGAGAAACCUAUAGUUCGUGCAAGGGUAGUGAAGGUCCUCGGCAGAACUGGAUCCCAAGGACAAUGUACUCAAGUCAAAGUUGAAUUUUUGAACGAACAAAAUCGGCAGUUAAUCAGAAAUGUGAAGGGUCCUGUACGAGAAGGAGACAUUCUAACACUCUUAGAGUCCGAAAGAGAAGCUAGACGGCUACGUUAAUGUAUACACUUUCUCCUCAAAAACUGAACAAAAGAUAUACCG